GUAGGACAACCUAGCCGGUCUCUGUUGUACCGACAGCCCAACUCAUUCAUGAGUCCAACAGUCAAAAACAGCCACUUGUGUUAAUUCCCCUGUUUACAAAGUUCAAGCCUAAUUUUAAGGAGAAAAUCAGUCUAAUUCUAAACCUAAUUUCCCCAACAUUUUUCAAGUUCUUCAUCCCAUUUGCAUACAUUCCUCACAAACUUGAUGGGGGUACUUACACGUGCCAAAUUGGUAAUUGAUCAGUAGUACUUCACCCAAUGGUAAUUUUGGAAACAAAGAGUGUCAGUUACUUUCAUAAUAGUCGUCGGUAUGACGGAAGAUGGUAAAAUGAACUAACCCAAAAAGGAAUUGGGUUUACAUGAAUAGUUACAGACUUACAGGAUAAUGGCCUAAUCUGUUUUGGCAAAUGAGUUUAAGGAGGCACUCCACCAUCGUCAUGCAUGAUAUCGACACAAAUGAUAUGUCACAAUGCUACUAGUUCAUUAAUUUUGUCAUGCGUUUAGUUGUUUUGAGAUAGGUAAACGGUUUGAAAAGAGAAAUAUAAUCAUGGUUCCUUGUUUUCCAUCAUUCUACAGCUAGCCACUAGUAGAAAUUUUGGUGUUUCAAGUUUCAAUUAUUGGAACAGUAGAAAUUGGAUGGCCAAUGGAUCACAUCCCAUUUGAGCCAAUUUGGCAAAGGUUUUUCCAAAAGGGAAUGGCUCUUUUUUACAUUAGGCAUGCGCAAUGGAUGAUUGCAAAUUUUGCCACUACCUCUGACUUUAUCAUAAUGAUGGACACCAAUUACUCUUCUACCAUAAAGAUUAUUAUAAGUUUAAUGGAAAAGGAGCAGUGAAAGUGCAAAAAUAAAGUUUAGGAUUUAAUACUUGCUUUCCCACUCCUUUUUAAAUGCUUGUUACUUCUUUUGUUUCAUUGGGUUAACAUCUUAUCAACAACUGGAUUCACAUAAUGAGAGAUAACUAGCAUCAAAUACGGUGGAUAAAAUAUGGGGCGAUGAAUCUUUUGCAUAUGAGCAGAGCCUAGAGAGCGAGGAUGUGAUUUUCCUUGAGGAUUUUAAGGUUAAUUGCCCCGGAAAAAAAAACUAUUAAAUUAAAAAAAUUGAGGGUGCUUUUUUGAAAGGUCAACAAAUUUACUUUUUUAUACUAUAAUAACGAAGGAGAUCCUUUUAUCAAUGUUAAGAUAAACUCAAAGCAUAUUAGAUAAUUUUUCAGCAAUUGCCUAUUUGGGCAUCACUCACAAGAGAACCUUAACUAACAUUCAUUACCUUUGAUUUUGUCAUCUGGAAUUUAGAAUGGGGUACUUCUCUUUUGACCAAAGGUUGAACUUUCCUUAUUUAUUGUCAUGAUGAUGCCAAUGGUUAUAACUCCUAAUGCAUAACUAUAUACAACUAAUAAAUUAUGCUAAUCCAAAAAGAUUGAAGACUAGACAAUGACUCGUAUUCAACCUACACUUGAUGUUAGGGCUGGAUUUUCUGUUAUAACCGAUAACCGAAAUAUCGGUUACCGGUUAACCGCGAAACCAGACACUCCUACCGCCAACCGCCCGACGGAUCCCUUCGGUUAUCCGACAACCGACCGGUCGGUUACCGGUUAAUUGCUCGGUUAACCGAGAUAACCGCACAAAUCAGAAAAUUUUGGCGAUGGUUCGAGAAAAAGAGAGAGGAGCAGAGGAGACUGGGAGUGGUUCGAGAGAAGAGAGAGAAGUAGAGACAUUUUCUGAGUUCUUUCUUUCCUUGAUGGCCACCUAAAUGCGGCGGGGGACUAUGGUUGGCGGCGGAGCGGUGGGGACUGUGGUUGGCGGCGGAGGAACAACAGCGGCCGGCGGGGGAUUGUGGCUUGCGGCGAGUCGGGAAGCUGGUCGGGGAGGAGAUGGCGGAGCAGGGGCGCGUGUCGGCGAGGGAGAUGGCGGAUCAGGGGACACUCUAGUCGCGGCGUCGCUCUGGUCGCGGCUGGGGCCUGUGAAGAAGAGAGAACGAGAUGGAGGCCGAGGGAAUGGGAGUCGCCAUUCGCAAUCGCAGCUCGGGAGGGAGGGACUGGGCGUCGCGAUGCAGAGAAGGGAAGGGGAAUUGGGGAAUUGGGGUCGGGGAAGGGGAAUUAGGGUUAGGGCUGAAGAAUUGGGGGGAGGGGGCGUAUUGUGGAAAAUGAGGGGGUUGGUUGUGUCGGUUAGCCGGUUCAUCGUCACAACCAAUCCCCUACCGGACACCGACCGCGAGAUCCUUUUUCGAUUAGUCGGUUGACCGAUAAUCGCCGAUUAUCGGGUUAAUCGACAACUGAUAACCGAACCUCCAGCCCUACUUGAUGUAUUUGACUAAGUUUCUUAUAUAUUUGUAUUUGACUAAAUAAUUUGGCUUCUUAGCAAGAGAGGCUACUUUAAUUUUUUGUCGAAGGAAAAUAAUUUCGCUCCAAAUUUUCACUUCUUAGAUUUGUUUUAAGAAGUAAAAUGCCUAUCAAAGUGUACUAAUCAAGAAAUCAAACUCAAUUGUAAUCCUUGUUGAUGACAUGAAUCGUGAGGUUAAUAUGAAUCUCUAAAAUGUGGUAUUGAGAAAUUGUAAAAUCCCUUCUCAAAUCGAAUAUUUUUUUUUUUAAGUAUGUACAACCAUCCUUCAUGCCAGUGGCGGAGUCAGGUUGGCCCAAGGUGGGUCGGCUGCACCACCUUGGCUCAACACACAAACAAAUAUUAUUAAUAGUAGCCCUUAAGUAGUAUCUAACCACGAAAAAAGCAAAACCUAUAUCACUUUUAUAAGAGUUAUCGAAAUGCCAACCUCCCUUUCACUAUAACGUAUUAAAAUUGCUCAGUUGCAAGUCAUUUUAUUUUUAUGUUUUAACAUCUAAUUUCUUGAUUCAUUAGUAUCUUUUACAUCAAACCAAGAAACACGACUACACCUGUCUUUUAUUACCUAUCACAAUUCCUAAUACGAUCUCUCUCAAAUGAUCAACAAUCUAUUGUCUUCUGUUAACCGACCAGGAUUACCGAAUCUCUACAAGCCACAACCUCUAUCUAAUAAUCAAUGCCAGCCGUCAACUGCUAGUUGCUCGGUUUGUAUGUUGUCGUUCAUCGUUCCCAAGCGUAUUCACCACCUUUUUAACGUAAAAAACCCUCAUCUUGUUUCUUGAAAAUGCCGCAUAUGACGUGAUAGCGUUCCCUAACAUCUGAGCUUGUCGACUGAUGUUUGAUGCUAGCCGUUCACAACGAUCUAUAUUGUAGUUUGACCCACCUUAACAAAAUUUCUCGCUACGCCAAUGCUUCAUGAUAAUAUAAUUUUGCUUCUUAGUACACCAAAUACUGUUUGAAUUCAUUUGCUUGAAACACGGGGCAACUAAUCAAAUGUGGGAGUUCUUAAAUUUUAAGUCUUUUUUUUUGUUGGUUAUUGACUUCAAUUGUCGAACUUAAAGUAUGAUGCACACUCUCAUUCCACAUUAUUACUAGGCUUAAUGAUUGUUAAUAUGAAUUCUUCAAUUCCAAAGUGUGUUUGGGGUGAACAAAUCCAUCUUGAUUAUUGUUAAUUAGUUAAUUAGGUAAUUAAACGACAAAAAGCAAAGGAACAAAAGAUUGAAAAGGGAAGAGAGAUUGACCACCAAACCAAACAAAAUUAUUAUGUACAUACACAUAUGCGUCCCGUCCCUUUCAAAUUUCUCUUGUUGGAAUGGAACAAACCGUACCAGUCUUUUCACCAGCCACACUAAUAAAGAAACACAACACAAUUUGAAUAUUGAUAUAUGAUUUUUAAUAACUUAAAAUACUAGGCAAUUAAGGGAGGAUUAUCCAUUGAGACUGAGAUUUAGUGUAGCUGUUACGCAUGCUCUCGCACUUUAGCAACAUUUUUUUUUUGGGGGUAAAACUUUAGCAACCCUUUUAUAAAUAUAUUUCUAAUAAUUUUUUUGAAGAUAUGCAUGUCCCUAGUAAAAGUUGUAUUCUUUGCAAAUUAAUGCACAAUAAAACAUUACAAUGAUCGGACUGUGGAGCACAAAAUUAUUCCAGUUUAGAGUUUAGCAAACUCACAAAAUGAUUCAAUUGAGGCAGUAAACGACCUUACUUGGAGACGAAAGCUGAAGUUUCAAUGUAAAUUAUUAGAUGAAUAUCGCUAGAGCCUCCAGAGAUUAAUCAAAUCGCGCACAUGAUAGCAAUUCGGGUAAAUCGCUUUGGUAUCCAGCGAUCUAGUACCUAAAUUGUUGGACACUGCAAUAAUCUUUAUCCAAACUU